CUCAUUUUCCACUCCACCCCCAUCUCCUUCUCUCUCCAAAAUUAUCAUUCACUGUUCUCUCUCUCUAGAAUUACCCUCCACCCCACACUACAGCGGACCACACAACACAAACAACCAUGGCCUCGAAGCUUAUCGCCUCCACACUCCGCCGGACCUCCCUAAGUAAGUUCCCCAUCCGUCACCUCUCCACCGCCGCCGCCGCCUUAUCUCCGCCGUCCGCGACGGAACCCUACGACGAACCGUCCGGAAUAUCCAUGAAAGGCGUGAAGAUCUCCGGCAGACCUCUCUACCUGGACAUGCAGGCCACCUCUCCGGUGGACCCCAGGGUCCUCGACGCCAUGCUCCCCUACAACAUCUCCCGAUUCGGCAACCCCCAUUCCCGAACCCACCUCUACGGCUGGGAAUCGGACAACGCCGUCGAGACUGCCCGCGCCCAAAUCGCAGCCCUAAUCAACGCCUCCCCUAAAGAGAUCAUCUUCACCUCCGGCGCGACCGAGUCCAACAACAUCUCCGUCAAGGGCGUCAUGCACUUCUACAAGGAUAAGAAGCGUCACGUCAUCACCACCCAGACCGAGCACAAGUGCGUUCUCGACUCUUGCCGUCACUUGCAGCAAGAGGGUUUCGACGUCACUUACCUCCCCGUCCGUCCCGACGGAAUAAUCGACCUCGAUCAGUUCCGGUCAGCGAUUCGCCCCGAUACGGGUCUGGUCUCGAUCAUGAUGGUGAAUAAUGAGAUAGGAGUGAUUCAGCCGGUUGAUGAAAUUGGGGAAAUUUGCAGGGAAUUGAAGAUUCCGUUUCACACCGAUGCAGCACAGGCUUUGGGGAAGAUUCCAAUUGAUGUGGAGAAGAUGAAUAUUAGUUUGAUGUCGUUGAGUGGGCAUAAGAUUUACGGGCCGAAAGGGGUUGGAGCUCUAUAUAUUCGCCGGAGGCCGAGAAUUAGGGUUGAGCCCCAGAUGAGUGGGGGUGGGCAGGAGAGGGGGCUUCGGAGUGGGACAGUCCCGACUCCGUUGGUUGUUGGAAUGGGGGCGGCGUGCGAGCUGGCAAUGAAGGAGAUGAAGUAUGAUGAGAAGAGGAUUGAGAUGUUGAAGGAUAGGAUGCUUAAUGGGAUCAGAGCUAAGCUUGAUGGAGUGGUGGUGAAUGGGAGCGCUGAGAGGAGGUAUGCCGGGAACUUGAACUUGUCGUUCGCAUAUGUUGAAGGAGAGAGCUUGUUGAUGGGUUUGAAGGAGGUGGCUGUUUCGAGUGGGAGUGCGUGCACAAGUGCGAGUUUGGAGCCAUCUUAUGUGUUGAGGGCAUUGGGAGUGGAUGAGGACAUGGCACACACUUCAAUUAGGUAUGGGAUUGGGAGGUUUACGACGGAGGCAGAGAUUGAUCGGGCGGUUGAGCUCACAGUGAAGCAGGUUGAGAAGUUGAGAGAGAUGAGCCCACUUUAUGAGAUGGUGAAGGAAGGGAUAGAUAUUAAGAACAUACAAUGGAGUCAGCACUGAUUUUGCAGACACAUGUAAUUGUGACUAUAUUUGAAGACAAGCUUGCGAACUACUACAGGUGCUCUGUUAUAUGGAAUGCCAAUGAGGUUUCAUCCAGGUUUUCAUUUUGCUUGUACAUUCUUUUGAGAGCAUCUAAAUAGUUGUGUUUUUUAGGUUUUGCAAGUAGAUGAAUGCUUCCGAUAGUCACACUGGUGGUAGUGUAAUAUACUUCAAUGCUCUUGCAACGAACAUGAGAAUAUCAUAUUAUGGCAAUGGGAAUAAUUUAUGUAUUUUUCCUUA